AUGGCGCCGUCACGAUUUUCUGAUCUAGACUCAUCUGAAACAUUUCUGUUCACUUCUGAAUCCGUUUCUGAGGGUCAUCCGGAUAAAAUGUGUGACCAGAUUUCUGAUGCAGUUCUAGAUGCACAUUUGGCCAUCGAUCCUGAAGCAAAAGUAGCCUGUGAAACAGUGACCAAGACGGGUAUGGUGAUGUUAUGCGGUGAAGUCACCUCUAAAGCAAAUGUUGAUUAUCAGACGUUGGUGAGAAAUGUGGUUAAAAAGAUUGGUUACGAUGAUUCAAAUAAAGGCUUCGAUUAUAAAACAUGCAAUGUGUUAGUAGCACUGGAACAGCAAUCGCCAGAAAUUGCAGCUGGUGUUCACAAAGACAAACGCGACGAAGAGAUAGGUGCCGGUGAUCAGGUUAAACACUUGGUUUCAUAUAGUGCGCUUAUAGAGAAUGAGUUGCUCGAUCCACAGACAGGCCUGAUGUUCGGUUACGCAAGCGACGAAACAGAAGAGGCAAUGCCAUUGACUUUGUUAUUAGCGCAUAAACUAAAUGCCAAAUUGCACGAACUAAGAAGACUUGGUACUCUGAAAUGGGUUCGACCAGAUUCGAAGUCACAGGUAACAAUAGAAUACAAAUUCGACGGUGGUGCAUGCACACCAAGACGUGUACACACCAUUGUCUUAUCAACGCAACACGAUCCAGACGUAACUACGAAACAGCUACGAGACGAUUUAAUGCAAUUUGUCAUCAAGCAAGUCAUUCCAUCCGAACUUAUCGAUGAACACACCAUCUUCCACUUGAAUCCAUGUGGAAGUUUCAUCACUGGUGGUCCCUUAGGGGAUGCUGGACUUACUGGCCGCAAGAUUAUCGUUGAUACUUAUGGUGGUUGGGGAGCUCAUGGAGGUGGAGCAUUCUCGGGCAAAGAUCCGACAAAAGUUGAUCGAUCGGCUGCAUAUGCAGCACGAUGGGUUGCAAAAAGUCUAGUCAAAGCGAAUCUUUGCCGUCGAUGUCUUGUUCAGGUUUCAUAUGCAAUUGGUGUAGCUGAACCACUUUCGGUGAUGAUAUUUUCAUUCGGUACAUCAGCCCUCGAAGAACGUGAAUUAUUGCAAAUCGUUAAGGACAAUUUUGACUUAAGACCUGGAAUUAUCAUUAGAGAUCUGAACCUGAAACGUCCAAUAUAUCAAGUAACUGCGGAAAAUGGACAUUUUGGACACGCCGAGUUUCCUUGGGAACAACCAAAAGUGCUGAAAAUUAGCGAUGAGAUGUUGCAGAAAUCAAAAGGACGUCCAAAAGCAGCUGAUGAAACCGGUGUUAUAGCUCAUUAA